GUAGGACAUCCACGAUGGAGAGACAUGCAGAAAUGGAGAGGCUCCGGACACUGAAGGGACCCUCCACAGGGGAGGUCAGCGUGCACCUGGUGACCAGCGACAGCCCAGGGUCCGGUCCCCACAUGCCUGCUACUGCUUUCAUCAUCCCAGCAGCCAACUCGGCCACUCUUGGCCUGCCCGGCGGCGGCAGUGGUCUGGAUGUGUCCUGCUUUCCAAGGGAGCCGAUCCGUGUGGGGGAUCGCGUGGUAGGCGUACCUGUGACAGCCACAGUCCUCCCGCAGUUAAGCGCCGUGCCUCACGCGGCGGCCAGCUCCAGCACUGUGCGACUCCUGGAAUGGACCGAGGCACCGGGCCCGCCUGCUGGGAGCGGCCUGCGGUUCCGGAUAAGCGACUACACUCCCCGGAACAUGGUGGGCGCCGAGCAUCCCCCGAGCCCGGAGCUGAGGCGGGAAGGUGUGGCUGAAUGUGAACGCGAUGGCGAGGCCCCGGCGGGAGGAGGUGGCGAUGCAGUCACUCAGCAGCCAGGCCUCCCCCAGGACCCUCCUGGAGAUCGUCCUCGGGACCCCCCAGAGGAUGAUGCUGCCUGUCAGUGCCAGGCCUGGGGGCCGCAGGAUCCCGGGUCGGGCCGUGAUGGCAGCUGCCCCCAGCUGUCCCAGGAGCUACGGUCUGUUAUAGUGGAGAAUUCGGACCCCGCUUCCGAGCUCCUGAAACCCGUAAAGAAGAGGAAACGCCGGGACUACCAGAGCCUGUCGGAGGAAUCCGAGCCCGAAGCCUUGGAGAAGCAAGAAGGAAAGGAUCCAGAGGGACAACCCUCCACUAGGACCCCAGAAAGUGAGUGGAGCAGCAGCCAGCCUGCUUUGAAUGAGAAGAAGGAUGACUGGUCUUGGGAGUCCUAUCUUGAGGAGCAGAAGGCCAUCACUGCCCCUGUCAGUCUCUUCCAUGACUGCCAGUUGGCCCCUCAGAACAAGAAUGGCUUCAGACUGGGCAUGAAGUUGGAAGGCAUCGACCCCCAGCACCCAUCCAUGUACUUCAUCCUCACAGUGGCCGAGGUGUGUGGCUACCGCCUUCGUCUGCACUUCGAUGGUUAUUCUGAGUGCCAUGACUUCUGGGUCAAUGCCAACUCCCCAGACAUUCACCCUGCUGGCUGGUUUGAGAAGACGGGACACAGGCUACAGCCCCCCAAAGGUUACAAGGAGGAGGAGUUCAGCUGGAGCCUGUAUCUGCGCAGCACAAGAGCUCAGGCUGCCCCCAAGCACCUGUUUGUGAGCCAGAGCCACAAACCCCCACCCCUGGGCUUCCAGGUGGGCAUGAAGCUGGAGGCUGUCGAUCGCAUGAACCCAUCCCUUGUCUGCGUGGCCAGUGUGACCGACGUGGUGGACAGCCGUUUUCUGGUGCACUUUGACAACUGGGACGACACUUACGACUACUGGUGUGAUCCCAGCAGCCCCUACAUCCACCCGGUGGGCUGGUGCCAGAAGCAAGGAAAACCCCUCACCCCUCCACAAGACUACCCAGACCCUGAUAGCUUCUGCUGGGAAAAGUAUCUGGAAGAAACUGGAACCUCUGCUGUUCCUACAUGGGCCUUCAAGGCGCGUCCCCCACACAACUUCCUGGUCAACAUGAAGCUGGAGGCUGUGGAUUGCAGGAACCCAGCCCUGAUUCGAGUAGCCAGCGUGGAGGAUGUAGAGGACCAUCGGAUAAAGCUCCACUUUGAUGGCUGGAGUCAUGCUUAUGACUUCUGGAUAGAUGCUGACCAUCCUGAUAUCCACCCUGCGGGCUGGUGCUCCAAGACAGGCCACCCCUUGCAGCCUCCUCUCCGUCCCAGAGAGCCCAGCUCUGUUCCCCCUGGAGGCUGUCCUCCUCUUGGCUACCGGAGCCUACCACAGACUAGAACAUCCAAGUACAGCUUUCACCACCGGAAGUGCCCCACUCCAGGUUGUGACGGCUCUGGCCACGUUACAGGCAAGUUCACGGCUCACCAUUGCCUCUCAGGCUGUCCUCUAGCUGAGAGGAACCAGAGCCGGCUGAAGACAGAGCUGUCUGACACAGAGGCCUCAGCCCGUAAGAGGAAUCUCUCAGGCUUCUCCCUAAGAAAGAAGCCUCGCCAUCAUGGCCGGUGUGGACGGCAAGAGAGCAGGGCCUCAGGUCAGCUGGGGCCAGGCCAGGCACUGAUUCUCUGCCGAGGUCGUGGUCCCUCUCUCCCUAGGAUUGGACGUCCUCCAAAGUACCGGAAAAUCCCACAGGACAAUUACCCAACACUGACAGCCGACAUCAUGCACCAGUCCCUGUUCAUGUCGGCGCUGUCCACACACCCUGACCGUUCACUCUCUGUGUGCUGGGAACAGCACUGCAAACUCCUGCCAGGAGUGGCAGGCAUUUCGGCCUCCGCAGUUGCCAAGUGGACCAUCGAUGAGGUCUCUGGCUUCGUUCAGACCCUGACGGGUUGUGAGGAUCAAGCACGACUCUUCAGAAAUGAGAUGAUUGACGGCGAGGCCUUCCUUUUGCUGACACAGGCGGACAUUGUGAAGAUCAUGAGCGUCAAGCUGGGCCCCGCCUUGAAGAUCUACAACUCCAUUCUCAUGUUCAAAAAUGCCGAUGACACCCUAAAGUGAUUGACUGGGGUGUCCUGCCUCUGUAGGGGGGCCUCCUGCUUAGGGGGAGUUUCCUAAGCCCCACUCGUACCUCCUCCCCAUCUUACCAGGGUGGCUCCCCUAGGGCACUACUUCCUGGAAGACUCAGGGAGCAGAGGGGCUCUCUGGUGAGGGUCAAAAAGGGUUGGGGGCGGGGGGAGGCUCCAUCUAUGGCAGCCCCAUGUCUGUCCUCAGCAGACUUGUCUUCUCACCCAAAGGUGGUCUUAGUACUGAAAGGCUGCCUGGUGGGGAACCAGCCUGUGGUUCCGUGGGAAAGUAGAGGCCUUGCACGGUGAGCCCUAGGCUAUGACUGGGAGAGCCAGAGGCUCCAGCCCUGAGCCCCUUUGAUCUCCCAUCUCUCUGGGCUUCACUUUCCUUGCCUCCACCCAGAAGCCACCAUGCAGCCAGCACAUACACCCUGCUUUUGGCUCA